GCCUUUGAGAUGUGGUGCUAUCGUAGAAUGCUCCGCAUUAGCUGGACACAGAAAGUUUCUAACGUGAGAGUACUCCAACGCGUCGCCAGAAGCCGGGAGUUACUGCUUAUCAUUAAGAAGCGUAAGGUCGAGUAUCUGGGCCACGUUCUGAGACAUGAGCGAUACCAGCUGCUCCGGCUCAUAAUGAUGGGCAAAGUAGAGGGCAAACGACGUGUUGGAAGGAGGAAGAAGUCGUGGUUGCGCAACAUCCGUGAAUGGACCAAUGUUGUAAGCGUGGAAGCAUUGUUUCGCUUGGCACAAGACCGCGAGAAGUUCGCUGAGCUGACGUCCAACCUCCAGUAG